GUGAAAUGAAUUUGAUUAAUAAGUUUGUAGCUUAGACAUGGAAAGUUAGUGGUCAUUCACUGGUCUCGGGUCAGGGGUCACAGCCUGACUUUCUUGUCAGUAAUACGAAAGCAAAUUAAAUAUUGCAUGCCGAAAAUUUAAAUCAUCCGCUCAAUAUUCGUACUUAACUCCCACUUCAGGCAUUAGUCGUCAACCGCUUUAAUUGAGAUACCCACUAACAACUGUUUAUCGGCACUAACUUACCAACAUUCUAAAUCUAAAUAUUCUGUUAGCACUUACUCAUAGAUUACAAUCUAGAUAGAUACAUUUUCAUAUGCCACUGAACCUCAUUAUUUCUGACAAUCAGUUGUUGGUUAACAGUCGCGGCAAGAAGACGCAAGUCGGUUUACGGUGCGCAUCGUAAAGUUCAUAUUUGAUAAAAUAAAUGCAAUAUUUAAAUUAAUCUGGUUACAUUAUUUCAUAGAUAAUACAAAAUUCUAAAAGUCGCCUAGAAGUACAAAUAACUUCAUUUCACUUUUGUUGUAUUUGUUUACAUAAAAGGAGAGAAAAAUCUUUUCACAUCCAUCAAAAUCAUUCAAGUUGUUAGACAAUCAGAGAUGCUGCAGGUGUGAAUUAAGCUGUCCAAAGUGUGUGCCGUGUUUUGUGGAGACUUUUUAAUUGAGAUCAAAGAUAACAAAGUGCAGCUGAUAAGAAACUGUUUGGAUAUAAAUUUAGUCUUUAGUUAGACAACUUUGUAAGAUAAAUAAGUAAGUUGUUUAUGCAAGCAUAUGUAAAUAUUUGAAAAGUGAGCAUCGCCAGACUAAAGCACUUGAUUUUGUGACAAAGAAGAAAGUACUUAAACUUCCAGAAUGUACGAAAUUCCUAGUAAUUUGUGUUUGGAGUGGAAGAAUCUAAAUUAUCAUGUGCCAUCGACUGAACAAAGUAAUUAUACGUUUUGGAAUGAGUGCCGAAAGGUUAAGGAACUGCGCAUACUCAAAGACGUCAGUGGCCACAUGGAAACUGGCAAUUUAGUUGCCAUAUUGGGUUGCAGCGGUGCCGGUAAGACCACACUACUUGCCGCCAUAUCGCAACGCUUGCGUGGUAAUUUAACCGGUGAAGUUGUAUUGAAUGGCGUGGCCAUGGGGCGAGAUGAAAUGACGCGUAUAUCGAGCUUUUUACCGCAAUUCGAAAUCAAUGUGAAGACAUUUACGGCCUACGAGCAUUUAUAUUUUAUGUCGCACUUCAAAAUGCAUCGUAAAACCACGAAAGCGCAGAAACGUCAGCGUGUCAACGACCUAUUACUAGCUUGUGGCUUACGAGAUGCGACCCAUACGCGUAUACAAUCGCUUUCGGGUGGCGAACGCAAACGGUUGAGUUUGGCCGAAGAGCUUAUAACCGAUCCACCAUUCAUAUUCUGUGAUGAACCCACCACCGGUUUGGAUAGCUACAGCGCUUAUACGGUGAUUAAAACGCUACGUCAUCUAUGUACGCGUCAUCGUGUUACUAAACAUUCGCUCACGUCCGUGUAUGGCGAGGACUCGUUUACUACGCCGCUCAGCAGCAGUGAGCCAAGUACGACUAAUUCAAUUGAAAUGGAGGUGCUGCAAUCGGAAGAGGAUAUUUUCGAUUCGAUUAAGGAGAUACCCACACUAGGUGUGCUCAACAAUAGUCCCAAUGGGCGAGACAAGAAAGCUAUUAUCUGUUCCAUACACCAGCCGAGUUCGGAAGUUUUCGAACUCUUCACACAUAUAAUACUAAUGGAUGCGGGACGUGUUAUAUAUCAAGGUAGCACUGAUCGUGCUUUUCAGUUUUUUACCAAUUUAGGUUACGUGUUACCGCAAAAUUGCAAUCCAGCCGACUUUUAUUUGAAAACAAUCUCUGAUGCGCACACACAAGGCAAGGACGGUGAAUUGAUUAAAGCGAAAUAUGAGAAUGAGACAUGGGGUCGGUAUUCGGCUAGUUGGCUGUUGCCGCGCUCCUACAGUGGUGAUUAUUUGUACAACAUUAAAAAUUUUAAAAAAAUUCGUUGGAUCUACCAAGUUUAUUUACUUCUAAUUCGAUUCAUAACAGAAGAUAGUCGGAAUAUAAAGCAGGGCUUUAUUUCACUAGGACUCUUCAUGAUUACCUCGUUGACAUUGGCCAUCAUGUACUCCGGAGUGAGUGGUCUUACCCAGACAUCGGUGCAAGAUAUAGGUGGCUCCAUAUUUAUGUUGUCCAAUGAAAUGAUAUUCACUUUUUCGUACGGUGUGAUUUGUGUAUUUCCCAGCGCACUGCCAAUUAUGAGACGUGAAGUUGGCGAAGGUACCUAUUGCUUCUCCGCCUACUAUGUGGCAGUCGUUUUGUCCUUCAUACCAAUGGCUUUCUUCAAAAGCUAUAUUUUCUUAUCGGUUAUUUAUGGCAGUGUCUAUUAUGCAAGAGGAUUUAUAUUAUACUUGACAAUGGGGCUGGUGUUAGGUCUCUCGGCUAUUACGGCUACCGCGUACGGUCUCUUUUUGUCGAGCUUCUUUGAGACCGUUACUAUGGCUACGGAGUGUGCCGCAAUUUUUGAUUUGUUAUUUCUAAUUUUUAAUGGCGCUUACUUCAAUGUGGAUUCGAUACCGUAUCUAAAAUAUUUAUCAUUAUUCUUCUAUUCCAAUGAGGCUUUAAUGUAUAAUUUUUGGAUUAAUGUGGAUGAGAUUGUUUGUCCAGAAAAUCUGGAUCAUCCCUGUGUACAAAAUGGUGUAGAAGUCUUAAAGCAUGCUUCUUUCAAAACAGCCGAAUAUACUUACUGGGUGGAUUGCUUGUGCCUUCUGGGUUUGGCUGUCUUUUUUAAUAUGGUGGCUUAUUGUUUUAUAAGAAAGUAUGUGAAAAGAAGUGGUUACUAUUAGAAUUUGUAGUAAAUUUUUUAAAGACAUUUGUUGGACAAUAAUUAUAUGUAUAAGUAACUCAAUCAAUUUCUAUUAUAACCCCACUACUACUGUAAUAUAAAAAUGAAUUUAGACAUUUUUGUAUACAACUGAUCAUAGAAAUAAUUCUUAAAAAUGUUCGAUUAUUAAUUAAUAUUUUGUGAGCGUGAAUACUGACCCGUAAAUUAAGGGUGUUAUAAACUAAAAAAGCCGAUUUUUGGGAGUCAAUGAAAAUGAUGAUGCAGUGAUUCCGGCCUUCUCCAAGAAUGAAACAAAAUUCGUACAAUUACCUACAGCCGAAACAAUUGACAAAAUGGCGGCGUUCAAAAAUUUCAAUUUAAUCUAAAAUUUUAGUUGUUUUUGGUCUGCCAAAAUUUGAUUUUGGAUCUGAUCAAAAAAUUGUUAGGUCAUUGUUUGGAGAACUAACACACAUAUAUACAGAAAAUACAAACAAAAAAAAAAAA